CAGCCGCGGCGGCGGGGCAGGCGGUGGCGGCAGCGGGCGCUGGAAGAUGGCGGCAGCAGCGGCUGCUGCGGCGGCCGAGCAGCAAAGCUCCAAUGGCCCUGUAAAGAAGUCCAUGCGUGAGAAGGCUGUCGAGAGAAGGAACGUCAAUAAAGAGCACAACAGUAACUUCAAAGCCGGGUAUAUUCCGAUCGACGAGGAUCGCCUCCACAAAACGGGCCUGAGAGGGAGGAAGGGCAACCUGGCCAUCUGCGUGAUUGUGCUCUUGUUCAUCCUGGCUGUCAUCAACCUGACUAUCACCCUGGUCAUCUGGGCGGUGAUCCGCAUCGGCCCCAACGGCUGCGACAGCAUGGAGUUCCACGAGAGCGGCCUGCUGCGGUUCAAGCAGGUGUCGGACAUGGGAGUCAUCCACCCGCUCUACAAGAGCACGGUCGGGGGCAGGCGGAACGAGAAUCUGGUCAUCACCGGCAACAACCAGCCUAUUGUUUUUCAGCAAGGAACAACAAAACUCAGUGUAGAAAAGAACAAAACUUCUAUUACAAGUGACAUCGGUAUGCAGUUUUUUGACCCAAGGACUCAAAAUAUUUUAUUCAGCACAGACUAUGAAACUCAUGAGUUUCAUUUGCCGAGUGGAGUGAAAAGUUUGAAUGUUCAAAAAGCAUCUACGGAGAGGAUUACCAGCAAUGCGACCAGUGAUCUAAAUAUAAAAGUCGACGGACGUGCCGUAGUGCGUGGAAAUGAAGGGGUGUUCAUUAUGGGCAAAACCAUUGAGUUUCACGUGGGUGGUAACGUGGAGUUAAAAGCAGAAAACAGCAUCAUCCUCAACGGAACCGUGACGGUCAGCACGACCCGCCUGCCGAGCUCCUCCGGCGGGGACCCGCUGGCGGCCGGCGAGUGGGUGCGCUACAAGCUCUGCGUGUGUGCCGACGGCACGCUCUUCAAAGUCCCAGUGACCGCCCAGAACAUGGGCUGCCAGGUCGCAGACAACCCCUGUGGGAGCGCCCAUUGAAGGUCCAGAGAGGUCCCCGAUGCGUUCAUGUCGUGACUUGACAUUUUUUAAGAGUAUGCAUGCAAUUAUGUUUUUCCCAAGUUUGUGAUAACUGGUGAUUAUUUUAUCUGCAGAGCACUACUGUACCUAUUACGUAAUCUCCAUAUUUAAAAUAUUGUCAGAAAGCCUAAAUUCUAGUACCUUGCAUUGAGUUGCACUGAUCUUCACAUUACUCUUCGCUAAGAUAAUGAUCAGAAGUGAAUAAAAUCAAAAUUAAUCUUUUAAAAAGUGUUCUUAAAAUUCCACUAUGUCUUGUGCAAAAGGGCUGAAGCAAUGGGUCUGUCUCACUGCCGAUAAGCUGUUGGUAACCAACGGGCAUGAGCCACUCCCGACGCUGAAGGGCGCACACCAGUGUGUGCUAUGUGCUCUGCCUUUCGCUUUCUAAGAGGAAAGACAGACUUGUAGUGCAUUGACUUUCGGCCGUAUCCUCAAACACAAGUGAAGUCAUUAAAGAGCUUCACGGAUGUGAGACAGUAAGAAACUGUGGUCCCUUAGUUCUGCACUAGGAUGAAAAUACUCUAACAGAAUGUUUACUCAUUAAAUAUGAACACAUGCUAAGUGUUCACAAGGUGGCGGGAGUUAAAACACCAUCCUAGCUUUACCUUCUAGGCAGUGAGGACAGCUGUCACUUGUUAAGCGUCUGGCCACCCUCAGCAUUGUCCUGGCAUCGCAUGUACCGUGUGCUGUGGCUCUCGUUCUCACCAGAGUUCGUGCAUAGGUGUCCUUAUCGCAGUUGUGCCGUCAGGAAACGGAGGGUCAGCAAGUUCAGAAACUUGCCUGAUGUCACAUAGAAAGUAGCAGAGAUGGGACUCAAAUCCAGGUGUACCUGCUUCCAAAUACCUUGUUAUUUUCACUGUCUGCAUUAGUUUUAAUUAUUUAAAACUGUACGAGAUCAACAGACUCAUUUAAACAUAUAGAUAAGAAUCAAACAAAGCAGGUAUGCUUACUCUAGUUUAAAAAAAUAAAUAAAUAAACCGAUCAAUCUCACAUAAAAAAAAAAAAGUGGCCUAUCCCUGUCAGAUUUUAAAUGAUCCUAAGCCAAUUCCAAAAUGUUCUAUCAGACACAGGGAGGUCAACUUGGCCUAGUGAUGGGUUAACCCAUUUCUGACCGAUGGGCAUGCAUGGCUCACUGGAACACCUCAGCUGGGGAAAAGAGUUGCCAAAAUAUUUAUCCCCUCAGCCCUCAGGACAACACAGUGAGAAUUAGGGAGACCAUGACCCCAGGAAGUCCACUGGCCAGGAAUGGCCUGGUGGGUUCACCCUGGCAUGCACCAUAAAAAUAUUAGCUUUUUAAACUGUGUCAUGCCCUGACAACAGUUGGGAAGCCCUGGACUAAAAGGGCACUCGUGCAGCAAGUAACACAAGUAAUUUCUGAGUAUGAGAAUUGAUCUCUCUGCAUCAUCACAUCAUACUGAUUUACCUCUCUCAAAUCAGCGACUUUCAGUGUACUUUAUAUUUGACUUGAAAGGAACACUCUGGUAUUACUAAGACACGCACAGUAUCAGGGACAGGGACGUCGGAGCGGUGUGCUGUCAGGAAGCGGCAGUGGUCAAGCGUAUGCUCAGCCUGCACUCCAGUGUAACAGCGUUCCGUCAUGGUCACUGCGAACUGCGUAGAUAGGAAAGUGCAAAAACAAUUUGCAUUCAGCAUGGCCACGGUACUGUUUGAUAGCAAAACCACAUGUCUUUGGGACCGUAGACCACAACAGAGGCCGACGUACUAUGUGACACUGAGUGCAGUUUUUAAAUGAAGAUAAAGUGGAAUUUAUGACCUCUGAGUGUUAUUCGUUGUAGCAAUAUUCAGAAUCUAUUUUCAUAUAAUCAGUACCAUUUAAUUUCUGAAUGAUAUUCAGAAAAAAUUCAUUGAAAUGUUCUUUUAGAUGUUUAGUAUACUUUUAAAUUUUACAUUUGUUACCUGUCUGCUCUAUUUAGAUUUGUUUUGAAAAUUUAACUAUUUUACAAAAACUACAGAACACUAUGUUACAACAUAUUUAUUGAAUGUAAUUCAUGAAAUAAUCUAUUUUUACUUCCCUUUGAGAGGUAACUUGUGUUCUUGAUAAAUUUCCAUUAAGUGCUUUUAACACAAGAGGAUAUAUUCACGUUUUCAUAAAACUGAUUGUUAAGGUAACAGGUAUAGUAUUUGAGGACACUUUGAAGUUUGUCUUUGCCUUUUCCCUGAAAUGUAGACGUGGAAUUCACAGGGAAGCAGACGGAGAACAAACCAUCUAUUUUACCUGUGACCUGUCCUGCAUAACAGUAAAGCUUCCACUACUCGUUCUCACCACCAGGUGGCACUUUUCUACAAAGUGAAAUGUUAACUUUUCUCUCUGUGCCAGUUGUCGCUCCCCUGCACUGAGCACAGAUGUGACAAGCAGCAGACUGGGGGAGAAGGAUGACAAAGACAGGAUCCCAGGUGAUGGGGGCAGGCACACCCCUGUUUAAGUCAGAGUGGCACCUCAGAAGUGGUGCAGUGGUCACAGAGACCCUUGAGAUGAAAGCAAGAUGCUUUAGCGGCUGUCCAGGGAGUAGGUAGGAACGUGAAAGACAACACAGGGUGGGGACUGCCUGUAUAUGGUCUGUAAUACCUAAAAUAUACUUAUUUGUAUUCUUUUUACAAAUUUUGUAAAACAAAUUUUGUGCAAUAGCUCUGAUGAUCAAAGGUGGGAGUCCUAUGUAGUUUUGAAUGAGUGUUCUUAAGAGGGUAAGAAUGAUCCGGUGCUAAAUCUGCCAAAAAAGAGACCACUGAUAUGCCAAUAAUUUUAGUGGUCUUUUCAAAAGUGCUGAGGAGGCAAAGGUUACAAAUUAUGUCAUACAAACAUAAACCGAUUAAUCUGAUAUAGAUUGCUAACUUUGAGUUUCAGUUAAUUCAGUUUGUAACAACUAUUAAUGACCACUGUUUACAAUAAAGAUUCUUUCCAUUGUU